UGUUCAGAGCUGAAGAUGUGCAUGUUCUCUGACAGCUGCUCGAGAAAUAAGCGUUGCCUCGCUGGAUGUGUCCUAAUAUCUGCUGAUUUACUGAGAUUAUUCUAAACCUGGAAAAGAGAAGAGGAGGAGAAGCACUGAUCUGAACAUGGACUGUGAAGAGAAGACGUACGGUGGCUGUGAAGGCCCAGACGCCAUGUAUGUGAAACUGAUCUCCUCUGAUGGUCAUGAGUUCAUUGUGAAGCGAGAACACGCACUGACGUCAGGAACCAUCAAAGCCAUGCUGAGCGGCCCUGGCCAGUUUGCUGAAAACGAAACGAAUGAAGUGAAUUUUCGAGAGAUCCCGUCUCACGUCCUCUCCAAAGUCUGCAUGUAUUUCACAUACAAAGUCCGAUACACCAACAGCUCCACAGAGAUCCCCGAGUUCCCCAUCGCCCCGGAGAUCGCCCUGGAACUGCUCAUGGCUGCAAACUUCUUAGAUUGUUAAACACGACACCGUGCACCUGAUUAUUUAUUUGGCUACUGAUGAUGGUAUACAUUUUAGUAGAUGAGAUGUGUGUCCAGAAGGGCGUGGCGUGCGCUUUUUAUAUUUGGUUUCCUUUUCCACAGUGUUAGAUUUUGUCCAUGCCACAGAAAUCCUUGAGAGGAGGUUUAGCAGUUAGCAUGCUGUGUCUGUUUUCCCAAGACUGCUAAUAAACUUCCCCUGAGAGCUGGGAAUAUUCCUGAAUAA